AUGAGCAAUCUCAAGCGAAAGGAUGCGCCUGGCGGCCAUCCCCCUGCCAAAUCCGCCAAGCAGUCCAAAGAGGCGAACCCAUCCAAGACCGACAAGCCCAAAUCCAAGCCCGCAGACGCAACGACAAAGGCUGUCGUCUCAAGACUCAAGGACGAGGAGCCUCUCUUUCCCCGAGGCGGCGCCAGCGUUCUCACUCCUCUCGAGCAGAAGCAGAUCCAGUUGGAGGCCAAGGCUGAUGCAGCGCGCGAGGAGGAAUUUUCUACUGGCGGCAAACCCCAGAAGAAAAAGAAGAGAGCCACCGCUCUGAAAAAAUCAGACAAGACCGAGUCCAAGUCUGAGGACGAUCCUGUAAAAAUCGAGAGUCUCAACUUCAAGAAACUCGUCACAGGCUCCAUCGUUCUCGGUCAAAUCACACGCAUAAACAGUCUCGCUCUUGAGGUCGCUCUACCCAACAACCUGACCGGUCAUGUUUCCAUUGUCGCCAUAUCCGAACAGCUUACAAAACGACUACAAGGCGACGCUCAAGACGAAGAAGACGACAAAAAGGAUGGCGACUCCGACGAAGAAGGCGAGGACGUCGACCUAAAAUCCCUGUUCGAGGUUGGCCAAUUUGUUCGUGCCUACGUCGUAUCUACAGUCGAAGGCGCCGCCGUCUCCGGAAAAGGGAAGCGAAAAAUCGAGCUCUCUCUUCGCCCUACCGAAGCUAAUACCGGCCUCACCAAGGACGAUGUCGUGCCCCAGUGCACCGUCGCCGCCGCCGUUAUCAGCGUCGAAGACCACGGGUGCAUCAUGGAUCUUGGAAUCGACGGACUCAGCGGCUUCCUUCCCAAUGCCGAAAUCGAUGCCACAUUUAACCGCCAACGCAUACAAGAAGGCGCAGUAUUCCUCUCCCAGGUUACCGCCAAAAAGGGCAGCGGCAAGGUCGCGCAGCUUACCCUCAAGCGGGACAAAAUCGGCAACGUCAACAAUCACCCUGCCGAUGCUACAACCAUUAACACAUUCCUCCCCGGAACUGCUGUGACUGUCCUUGUCACGGGCAACAGCAGCAGAGGUGUCACUGGCAAGAUUAUGGGACAUGUUGAUGCCACGGCAGAUCUUAUUCAUUCUGGAAUUGGCCCCUUCGGUACCGACGUCGAAGCGAAAUACAAAAUCGGCUCCAAGCUCAAGGCCAGAAUUAUAUGCAACUUUCCCACAGCAAAGGAUCCCAAGUUGGGGAUCACGCUGCUCCCGCACUUGACCGCUCUCACCAAGAAGCGCCCCGAGGGUCCCAAGCGUUCCAGCCUCCCACUACAAGUCCUUCCUAUUGCUUCAACCAUUGAACAGUGCACCGUACGUCAUGUUGAAGCUGAUAUGGGCUUGUUUGUUGAUCUCGGUGUCGCUGGCCUCUGCGGCUACGUCCACAUUUCUCGGGUCAAGGAUGGCAAGGUCGAUGCCCUCUACGAGUCCAGUGGUCCUUACAAGGUUGGCUCAACACACAAGGGUCGCGUUGUUGGCUAUAACGAAAUGGACGGUGUUUUCCAUAUCUCAUUCCAGAGGUCCGUCCUCGAACAAACCUAUAUCCGGCACGAAGACGUGCCUGUCGGCACCGUUUUGACUUGCGACAUUGAAAAGCUGGUCAUCAACGAAGAUGGUGUCAACGGCCUUGUCCUUACCAUCGCUAAUGGUAUCACUGGUUUUGUUCCUGAACGCCAUCUUUCCGACAUCAAACUGCAGCAUCCAGAGAAGAAGUUCCGCCAAGGCAUGAAGAUUAAAGCCCGCGUGCUAAGCAAUAACUUGGUCAAAAAGGCAAUCCGUCUCACGCUCAAGAAGACCCUCGUCAACUCCGAAACUCCGAUCAUCGCAAAAUACGACGAUGUCAAGGUCGGCAGCCAAGCACUUGGCACCAUCAUUAAGCUAGAAAGAAACGGCGCCCGAAUCCAGUUCUACGGCGAGCUACGUGGAUUCCUGCCCAUUUCCGAAAUGAGCGAGGCUUAUAUUCGCGACCCCUCAGAGCACUUCCGCGUUGGACAAGUUGUCAGUGUCCAUGUACUUGACGUCGACCCUGAGCAGAAGCGCUUGGUUGUGUCUUGUAAAGAUCCUGGUGCAUUUGGCCUCGAAAAGCAAACUGCACUCAAGAAUUUGUCGCUCGGGGACAUUGUCUCUGCCAAAGUAACGCAGAAGUCAGAGGAUCAAGUCUUUGUCGAGCUUGAAGGCAGCCUCCUCAAGGCUAUCCUCCCCGUCAGUCAUCUUACCGACAAGUCUGCAUCCAAGAACCAAUUUGCUCUCAAGAAGGUGUCUGCCGGCCAGACUCUGUCCAACCUCGUCGUUAUUGACAAGAACGACAGCCGCCGUUCCAUUAUCCUCACGCAAAAGCCCAGCCUGGUCAAGGCCGCUGCCGCAGGAAAGCUGCUCAAGUCUUUCGAGCAGGCCAAGACAGGCAAGGUGUUUGCUGGUUUUGUCAGAAAUAUUACGCCCACUGCAGUUUUCGUCCAAUUUGCAGGCUCGCUUCACGCGCUUCUCCCGAAGGCACGUCUCGCGCCAGAGGCCCAAAGCCAACCCGAUUUCGGUCUGCACAAGAACGACUCCAUCGAAGUCCGUGUCGUGUCAACAAUUCCUGAGCUCACCCGCAUUAUGGUCGCACCAUCGUCGGCACCGGCCGAUCAGGACGUUUCGGGCAAGAGUGAAGCGGCCAAGGCUGUUCCCGCUGAUGGACUCGCUUUUGGCUCCAUCACCAAGGCCAAGAUUACUUCCGUCAAAGAAACACAACUGAAUGUCCAGAUUGUCGGUUCCGAAGUGCAGGGUCGCAUUGAUGUUUCCAACGUUUUUGGCCGCUGGGAUGACAUUGCUGACCCCAAGCAUCCUCUCGCCCCCUUCCACAAAGGCCAGGUACUACGCGUCAAGGUUAUCGGCGUGCAUGAUGCAAAGGAUCACCGUUUCUUGCCUAUUUCUCACAGAUCCGCCCAUUCCAUCCUGGAGCUUACUACACGUCGAAGUGACCUAGACGCCACAACACCCAACGAACUCACAUUCGACUCUCUGAAGGUUGGACAGACCCAUAUUGCCUUUGUUAACAAUAUUGCACAACAACAUCUCUGGGUUAAUUUGUCUCCCUCUAUUCGAGGCCGAAUCUCUGCCAUGGAAGCCUCCGAUGAUGUGUCUCAGCUGAACGAUUUGGGAGGCAACUUUCCUCCUGGCUCUGCUCUCAAGGCCCGCAUCACAUCUAUCAACACCGAGAACAACCACCUUGACCUGUCUGCCCGCUCUGCAUCGUCUAAGGACAUUGUUACCUGGGAUUCCAUUAAAGUCAACAUGGUUCUUCCAGGAAAGAUUACCAAGGUCAAUGAGAGGCAGAUCCUUGUCAAGCUUAGCGAGUCGGUCUCUGGGCCCGUCCACCUGCCUGACAUGGCCGACAACUUUGACGAGGUCAACACUACCCAGUACCGCAAGGGUGCUAUCGUCCGAGUCGCUGUAGUUGGUGUUGACAAGAGCAACAAGAGACUGCGCCUUUCUACUAGACCAUCCCGCAUCAUGAGCUCCACCCUACCCGUCAAAGAUAAGGAAAUCAGCGAUAUUGCCGAACUUUCCGCUGGCAAUAUUGUCAGAGGAUUCGUCAAGAAUGUUGCAGACAAGGGACUUUUUGUUCUAUUGGGCGGUCAGGUAUCUGCGCUGGUCAAGAUUUCGAACCUUUCGGAUCGGUACUUGAAGGAGUGGAAAGAUCAGUUUCAGGUCGACCAGGUGGUCAAGGGUCGCAUCAUCUCGAUUGACAAUGCUACCAAGCAAAUGGAAUUGAGUCUCAAGUCGUCUGUCGUCGACGAAGACUACACACCACCUAUUAUGUACAAGGACAUUUCCGUGGGCCAGGUUGUAACUGGCAAGGUCCGCAAGGUCGAGGAGUUUGGCGCUUUCAUCCUCGUCGAUAACUCGGCUAAUGUUAGCGGUCUUUGCCAUCGCAGUCAGAUGGCCGAAAACCCUGUGGGGGAUGCAACCAAGCUCUAUAAGGAAGGUGAUGUUGUCAAGGCCAAGGUCCUGGAGGUGGAUGUUGGGAAGCGCAGAAUCAGCUUUGGCCUGAAGCCCAGCCUGUUUGAGGAUGAGGAUACGGAUAUGGACUCUGGUUCUGAGCAAGGCGCUGCUCUUGACGACGACAGCGACGAUGAGUUGGACCAGGGCGCUCUUCUGAAGCUCAUUCAGGCUCAGGCUGAUGAUAACGAAGAUGACGACGAGGAUGAGAGUGAAGAUGACGGCGAUGAUGAUGAUGAAGCCGACGACGACGAAGACUCUGAGAUGGAGGAUGCUCCCAGUGGCGCUGGCCUGGGUGGUGGCAAAUCUGCCUGGACGGCGGAUCCUUUCGCCGAAUCAGGAUCUGAAUCUGAGGGCGAAGAGCCCAUUAAGAAAGCCGACAAGACCAAGAAACGCAAGAAGAACGAGAUUGAAGUCGACAAGACCGCCGAACUCGAUACCAAUGGCCCUCAGACCUCAAGCGACUACGAGCGUCUACUCCUGGGCCAGCUUGACUCCUCGGAACUGUGGAUUGCCUACAUGGCCUUCCAGAUGCAAGUGAGCGAGCUGCCCAAGGCGCGCGAGGUGGCCGAGCGUGCGAUCCGGACCAUCAACAUCCGCGAGGAGACGGAAAAGCUCAACGUUUGGGUCGCGUACCUCAACCUGGAGGUGGCGUACGGAACCAAGGCGACGGUCGAGGAGGUCUUCAAGCGAGCGUGCCAGUACAACGACCCGCAAGAGGUGCACGAGCGACUAGCUAGCAUCUACAUCCAGUCAGACAAGGCCAAGGAGGCCGAAGUGCUGUUCGAGGCCAUGGUCAAGAAGUUUGGCGCCAAGGCGCCGAGCGUGUGGACCAACUACGCACACUUCCUACACGCCACGCGCGGGGAGCCGGAGCGCGCACGCGCGCUGCUGCCGCGGGCCACGCAGCAGCUCGGCUCGGCGCGCACGGCGACCGUCAUGUCGCGGUUCGCCGCGCUCGAGUUCCACUCUGCGCACGGCGAGCCGGAGCGUGGCCGCACCAUGUUCGCGGGCCUGCUCGACACGUGGCCGAAGAAGGGCGACCUGUGGAACCAGCUGCUGGACCUGGAGAUGGGCGUCGUCGAGGGCGGCAGCGGCGGCGGUGACCGGACGGCGGUGCGGGACGUGUUCGAGCGGAGGACGCGCGUCCGCGGUCUCAAGCCGCAGCAGGCUGAGAAGUGGUUCCGCCGGUGGACGGCGUUUGAGGAGGCGGCGGAUCCCAAGGGCGGCAAGGCCAAGGUUACGGCCAAGGCGCACGAGUGGGCAGCGGCGUUCAAGGCGCGCAAGGAGGCGGCGGCGGCGGCGGCGGCGGAGGAUGAGGAGAUGGAGGAGUAG